UGUGUUUGCUUGUUUACAUGUCUGUGCUUUUACUCUUCUCUGCUACUUAUCUAUCCUCCGGUCUUCUUGAAAAAGAAAAUUGUGGUGGGUCUGGUCUCUUUCAACUUAAAAGAGUAGUCUUUGAACUUGAAGUUUCUAUUGUGGGUGCUUAGACACUAGUUUUCUUUGAAAGCUCACAUGCAUGUUCCUUUCUCUAACACAUACUGCAAAUACAAAGAUAGUGUUGUUGAUGCUUGUAUUGGAAUCAUGGAAGAUACUUUAAAUGAAGCUUUGAAGGUGUUUGAAAAUGUGUCUGUUUGAGUUCAAGAGUGCCAGUUAGUGUCAGUUUUCUGCAUCUGUCAACAUCCAUGGAGGAUUUGUAUAAUAAUGGUUUUGAUCCUACUGCGUCUUGUUCAAGUGAUAUUGUUAGACUUGACAACUUCCCUGCAUCAGCAAACUUCAGUUCUGACAAUUUAGUCCAAUUUGGAGCUCAUGAAUCAGACAUUUCUGAUCUGAUCAAGACCCAGAUAGCCAAUCACCCUCGUUAUCCUAAUCUGAUUUCUGCGUACAUAGAGUGCCGAAAGGUUGGUGCACCACCAGAAGCGGCAUCUCUACUUGAAGAAAUUGGCAAAGAAAACUACCACAUCAACAAUUGCUCCGAGAUAGGAGUAGAUCCAGAACUUGAUGAGUUCAUGGAAUCAUACUGUGAGGUUCUUCAUAGACACAAGGAGGAGCUGUCCAAGCCUUUUGAUGAAGCAACGACCUUCUUGAACGACAUUGAAUCACAACUAAGUAGCCUUUGCAACGGAACAUUGACAAAAGCUUUGGAUUAUCUAUCAGAUGGAACUUCGGACGUGGAACAAAGUUGUGGAGAGAUUGAACCACCAGAAAGCCAAGCUUCCUCUGCGCAGAAUCAGAAUAUCAAGGGCAUGUUAAUGAGAAAGUACAGUGAUGCCCUUGGCAAUCUGAGAAAGGAAUUCUUAAGGAAAAGAAAGAAUGGUAAACUAUCCAAAGAUGCAAAGAUGGUGCUCCUUGACUGGUGGAAUGAUCAUUAUAGAUGGCCUUAUCCGACGGAGGAGGAUAAAAUGAAGCUCUCAGAAGCAACUGGACUAGACCAACAGCAGAUCAAUAAUUGGUUCAUAAACCAGCGGAAGCGGCAUUGGAAACCAUCUGAAGACAUGAGGUUUGCUUUAAUGGAGGAUCUUAGCAGCAGCUUAACUAACACAGCUGUAGCUGGUGAUGAUAUUUGAAACACGGAGCCUUGAUUCCGAACCGGCCUUGUUCCAUAUCAAGGCAUGCAUUAAACUGUAAUGCUAUGAUCUAUUUGCAUCUCUGUAAAUUGAAGAUUCUGUUCUGAAUUGUUAAAACUUUGAAAAUUACU